AUGGUAGGGGUGCUGUCGAAUCGCGUGGAUCGGGACGACCUCAAGGCCGGGGAUCACAUCUACACUUGGCGGGCCGCCUACAUCUACGCCCACCACGGGAUAUAUGCUGGAGAUGGCAUGGUCAUCCAUUUUACAAGGGCAGCUGGACAUGAGAUCGGAACAGGAACAUUCUUGGAUUGGUUCCUUUAUAGCUCCUCUCCAGCAGCAACUGAGGGUCCUCCCUGCCAGAAAUGUGGCCACCUAGUCAAGUCUGAUGGUGUCAUCACUUCUUGCCUCGAUUGCUUCUUAGAUGGGGGCAGCCUGUACCUCUUUGACUAUGCUGUGUCGCCUGCUUUCUUCCUUGCCAAAGCACGCGGAGGAACCUGCACCCUGGCUGCCUCUGACCCCAGUGAUGUUGUGAUCCACCGUGCACGAUACCUCCUGGACAAUGGGUUUGGCAUGUACUCCCUGUUCAAGAACAACUGCGAGGAUUUUGCUAUAUACUGCAAGACUGGGCUGCUUAUGGAGACUGCUUUCAGUGUUGGCCGUAGCGGGCAGCUUGCAUCUCUGACUGCUGCCUUCAGUGCUGUGGCCUCGUCGCCAUUGCGUUUCCUGACAACUAGUGCUGGUGGCCUGGCAAUUGUGACCAGCGGGAUGUAUUGUGUCGGGCGAUAUGUGUCGGAUAUUGGUGUUCGGCGUGAUGUUGUCAAGGUCCCUGUCGAAAGGCUUGUGGAGCAGAAUGUUACUUCGAUUCCUCAAAGUCGGGCUACAGAGACAGAUAUCGCAGCAGGAGCACCGCAGCAGCAGUUGGAGGUUCCUUGUAUGGUUGCUGAGGAAGCAUCCAUUAUACCCCCCGUGGCACCGUGA